ACAUGACACCCAACAUUGCUUCCCAAACGCUGCGGUCCUCCUACGCGCCAAAAAUGAGCCUUGCCAAAAGGAAAGAAGCCAGCGAAAUGAGAAAGACUCUGAAGCCUCUUAUGGAGAAGCGAAGAAGGGCACGAAUCAACGAGAGCCUUAAUCAGCUCAAGACCCUCAUUUUGCCGCUGGUUGGAAAGGAUACUUCAAGAUAUUCAAAGCUUGAAAAAGCGGACAUCCUGGAAAUGACCGUGAGAUUUCUGAAGAAUCUUCCGACUAAACCCGUUCAAAAUCCAACAGAAAGCUACACCGAUGGUUACAGAGCUUGCCUGCAGCGCGUUUCCAGUCUUCUUCCAAAAACCGACCUAUUGGACAAAGAAACCUGCUGCCGCCUCGUACAGUUCAUUCAGACCAACAUGGCAACAGCAAGCACCUGCCAGAACUGCCAGGGACAAAGUGCCAGAGUUUCGAACGUCUUGCCAGUCUAUCCAGUAAGGCACUCCAGCACAGAGAGCUCCCCCAGCUCAAGUAGGAACGGCGCGAGCAGAACGCCCCCUGCAGUUCAGCCCCCUAACUACCGCGUGUGGAGACCUUGGUAGAAAUCGAAACGGACUUUAAACGAGCAGAGCCUGUAAAUAUGUACAUUAAAUUCCUAGUUAAUGGGACGUUAUAACCACUUCUAAUAUUAAGAAUUUU